AUGCUCAUCUCCAGAGUCCUCCCCACCCUCGUCCUCGGCGUUGGAAGCGUCCUCGCCGACGGCACCUCAAUCGUCAAUGCCAUCACAGCUAUUCAAAACGCCACCAAUGAGCUCACCACGACGGUCAGCAACUACAACGGAAACAUCCUCGGGGCACUCCCCAUCAUCAUCCAGUCCACCGAGCUCCUCUCAACAAUCAAGAAGGGCACCAAGACCGCCGAGGAGUCUGCCGCUCUCGCCGACCUCGAGGCGGUGACCGUCGGCCUGGCAACAAUCACGCUGGUCGGCAACGUCAACGCCUCGCUGGACACCAUCGUCGACGCCAAGCCGAAGUUCGACCGCAACCUGCUGACGCCGGUCGUGCUCCUGAACCUGGAGCAGCAGAGAUCCGCGUCGGCAGACUUCAGCGACGCUGUCGUGAGCAAACUGCCGGCCACGUUCGUCUCCACGGGACAGCAGCUCGCCGCACAGAUUAGCGAGGCCUUCAGCGAGGCUAUCAGUAUCUACAGUGGAGGAAUUCUGAGCAAGUGA